UCGCUCUCCCUUUACUCUCUCCUCUCUCUCUCUCUCUCUCUCUCCUCUUUCAUCUUCUCCAUCCUCAUCUUCAAAAUCACAAAGAAUCUAAACCAAAAGCAGAUCCUUCAUUCACAGGUUCAACUGCUUUUGUCCGUUGACUCGAAGUCAAAGCGCACCGCCCCCUCACUUUCUCCAGCACGCUUCUCUCACCGCAGCCUCUCUUUUCCUCCCCUUGUUCUUCUUCGUUCUUUGGUUCCAGCGACGCAGGAAAGAAAGCCAAGGAAGGAAGCCGGAGAGGCGGCGCCACCGCCGCCGCUUGGAUUUCCUUUCCUCCUCUUCCCUCUCCGCCUUCUCUCACCCCACGCUCGCACGCUCUCGCAGUUGGGAAAUCCCGAUCCUUCUCCAGAUGGGUCUCUUCGUCGCUUGAUUCGCCCGCGGCCCUUUUCUUCUUCUGUUGCCUUUUCGUACCAUUUCUGCGAUCAAGCAUAGUGAGGUUUUUCUUUUUUGGGUGCUCUGUUUCUUCGCGUGGCCGUUCGAGGUUGCUGCGGGCGGUCGUCGCCGUCUCUUGGAUAUGCCUCCAAGCGCAGGUCCUGCAUGCAAUCCGAGCGAUUCCAAAGCAUUGCUAGACUCGAUGAGCAACUUUGAGUCCCCGAUCAACGGUCGCUGGGGACUCUAACGCUCCCGCCAAUUGCUGCGACCGGCUGAAGGCGAGGUGUGCAAAUCUUCGGUCUUCUCUCUGCCUGAGCGACGGUCCUUCCGGUUCGGGCGGAGUGCCGCAGUUGGUAAGCUUACGGGCAACCUCUCGGAGAGCACGUCGACACAGUACUCCGGGAUUACCUGAUAUUCUCUCGAACACUUCCCCUAUAAAUUGCGCCCAUCCGUGCGACGUUAAGGAUCACCAAGACAAGGAAAUCAAGGAAAAAAAAAAAAAAAAGGCUUUCCUUUCUGUCGUGCUUUGCGUUCGAAAAAAUGGGAGCUCGUGAGAAAAGCUCUUUGGCUGUGUUUUUAGGGUUUCUCUUCACUUUCAGCCUUCUUCUCUGCAUGGCCAAAGGCGAUGUCCACGCCUAUACGCUCGUGCUACAAGAGACGGAGUUUGAGAGGUUGUGUGAGAAGAAAAGCAUUCUAGUGGCCAAUGGCAGCUUCCCGGGUCCGACACUUUGGGCGCACCGAGGAGAUACUCUCGUCGUUACCGUCGUGAACAAUGGAAAUUACGGCGUCACAAUUCACUGGCACGGAGCGAGGCAGAUGGGCAAUCCAUGGCACGAUGGUCCAGAGUACGUCACGCAAUGUCCCAUCCAACCCAAGCAAAAUUUCACUCAGACGGUCCUGCUUGACAAAGAAGAAGGGACGCUCUGGUGGCACGCUCAUAGCGACUGGAGUAGAGCAUCCGUGCAUGGCGCUCUCAUUAUUUACCCUAAACCUGGAAAUGAGCAUCCGUAUAAACAUGAUGCGGAGCAGACGAUUAUACUCGGUGAAUGGUAUGAAAAGAACCUAACUGAGAUGGUCAUUAAUGCGAUGAGGACCGGUGGGGACGUGAACACAUCAGUUGCCUACACCAUUAAUGGCCAACCCGGUGACUUCUAUCAGUGCUCCAAAGAAUCUACCUUCCGGAUGGUGGUGGACCCCGGUAAGACUUACCUUCUACGGAUCACCAGUGCUAUUAUGAAUGAAGAGAUGUUCUUUGGCAUAGCCAACCACACCCUUACCCUGGUUGGGAUGGACGGAGCCUACCUAGAGCAAGUGAACACUAGUUACAUCAUGAUAGCUCCGGGACAAACUAUGGAUGUUCUAGUCACGACAGACCAAGAACCUAGUCGCUAUUACAUGCUCGGCAGUCCUUUUGUGGACACCCAGGCUCCAACUGAUAGAACUACGCCCUCGGCAAUACUCCAUUACAAUGGAGGUUACCAACUACCUACACAUCCUAAUUCUAUUACACUUCCAGGCUGGUCAGAUAGGGAUUCUGCUGAGAGCUUCAUGCGGCUUUUGAAGAGUCUGGCCGAUGACAAGCAUCCUAUUAAGGUCCCAUUGAACAUCACGAAACGUUUGUACCUCACGGUCUCUGUGAAUAACGUGCAAUGCGCCAAGGGUGACACUUGUGAAGGUCCACAUGGUAACAGGCACUCGGCGAGCUUAAAUAACAUAAGCUGGACGGUGCCAAAAAUCGACAUUUUACAAGCGUACUACCGGAAGCUACCUGGGAUCUACCAUACAGAUUUUCCCGAUCGACCUCCGCGUUAUUUCAACUUCACGGGAGACGUAGGUGAUAAUGUGAUAUAUCCAGUGGUGGGAAGAACAUUGGUGGAGCCAAUCAAAUACGGUUCAGAGGUCGAAAUAAUUUUCCAGGGGACUAAUAUACCUGCAGCGGAGAACCACCCAAUGCACUUACACGGUUACAGCUUUUACCUGGUCGGUUUCGGUCGCGGGAAUUUCUCUCCGAACACGAGCAUACCAACAUACAAUUUGACCCGUCCACCCAAAGUCAACACCGUUGCGGUACCGAAAAAUGGAUGGGCAACCAUAAGAUUCAAAGCCGAUAAUCCUGGAGUCUGGUUCAUGCACUGUCAUCUGGAACGCCAUGCAAACUGGGGAAUGGCCAUGGCUUUCAUCGUCUCGAAUGGUCCUACUAAGGAAACGAGCAUGCGAGACAUGCCUCCGGACAUGCCCCCUUGUCUGGGAUCAUAGAUUGAUCGGCCUCUCUCUCUCUUUCAACAUUCAUUCAUGGUCGGUGCUUAGCGAGACACAUAUGCAGUUGAUUUUCAAUUGAAUUUGGGAGCAUCGUGUUAGUUGUGAGUUAUGAUGUUGUAGCUUGAAGUGUGCAUUUGAACCGUUCAAAUGAGACCCUUGAAGUUGAUGCGUCUGUGUCUUUCAAUGUCCAGAAUUGAGGUACCUUGUGGUGUAAUUUUUGGGGGAAGAAACAGCAGUAUUGUAUUUUCUUCCAGUAAAAACAACACGCGCUAGUUUGAAAUGCAAAAUGAGGAGCUGAAUUUUUCGUCAUGGAAA